AUGUCGGCCGACUUCUGGGCCAGCUAUAUCUCUGGAGCCUUAGGGAUACUGGUGGGUAAUCGCCUCGAUGUGCUGAAGGUCGCCGCUCAAGCAGGCACUAGCGGUGUUCUUGCGGAUUCGACUGUGCAGCCCGAGUCUGAUCGCCAGCUUCGGCGGUUUACAGCGUUGUUCAGAGGAGCCGCUGCUCCCGUCUUGGGUUAUGGUGCACUGAACUCGAUAUUGUUCAUGACCUUCAACCGCUCCUUGAAGCUGAUGGACCCAAGCAUAUUCGACUACACGAAGCUGGCUGGCGUGGACUUGAGCAAGAUUUGGGCGGCAGGUGCGAUCGGAGGGCUUGCUACCUUCGUCGUCUCUGCACCGUCAGAGCUCAUCAAAUGCAGAGCCCAACUGAUUGUCGAUGGACAAGGAUCUUCAUAUGGGGUAUUCAAGGAAAUAUGGAAGUAUGGUGGGCUUCGAGGACUCUACUACGGAGGCACAAUUACUGCUGUUCGAGAUGCAGUGGGAUACGGCUGGUAUUUUUGGUCGUACGAGCUAAGUAAGCGACUGCUGCUUUCGAGACAAGCCGAUCCGUUCACUUCUCCUACUGCUACGGAAGUUUUGAUCAGUGGCGGCAUUGCCGGGGUCAUCACCUGGGUGUCCAUCUAUCCCCUGGAUGUUAUCAAGACCCGUCUUCAGACGCAGCCUUCCCCGACCGCAGAGUGCCAAAGACUUCUUCCUGGGGCCAGUGUGGCGGCUCACCAGGCAAAGACCACUUUUAGCAUUGCUCGGGACAUUUGGCAAACCUCCGGAAUGAGCGGCUUCUAUCGUGGUGUUGGCAUCUGUAGUUUGAGGGCGUUCAUUGUAAAUGCAGUCCAGUGGUAUGCAUACGAAAGGAUCAUGGUCUUCUUAGGGGACCAUCAAUGA